AUGAAAGUCGACCAAGAAAAAAUGAAAGGCAUCACUUUCAGUGCCGCCGCAAGCAUGCUUUGCGGCGUCAUAAUAGGCUCGACGCUCACACAAUUCGUUUUCCCCCGUCCAGAUUGGCGCACAUGCCGCCAAAUUGGUCUGGAGGCUAGUGCUACUGGAACCCGUCAUGCAAACGAAGAGCAAUGGAACAAAUCCGUCCCGCAAGACAAGCCGCAUUCGUUCGAGCUGCUGCACCAAAAUGGCUACCCGAACGACCUGCAGACACUGCGUACCUUAGGCACCCACGACGCCCGCAGUCCUUUCAAGGGCCCGCCCAAGAAGGAGGUCGACGAGGCGUGGUCCAAAUACUGGCAGGUGUGGAUGUUCAGCGUUGGCGAGGACGCUUUCAAGGCCUCCGUCCCGCAGCACUCCGAAUCAGCCGUACGUGUCCAUGACAAGAAGUACGACGAUGGCAGCGCAAGUCCCCGUUAUCUUGCAACUUUCGAGGCUACGCAUCAACUCCAUUGCCUAUACAAUCUUUUUCGAGCAUCGUACCUCGACUACUAUCCGGAUGAAAAGAAGGACUACGAUGCAGACCCUGCGCAAUGGCAUGCGCGAGUGGACCAUUGCGUGGACAUACUCCGCCAGAAACUUGCCUGGUAA